UUAAAAUAAAAUCUUGAUUUUUUAACAAGUUGAAACAACAAUUAGUUUUCAAUGCAGUUAAAUACUAAAAUGAUCAAUGCAUUAGAGUCAACUUAUAUAUGUUUAGUUCUAACAUUUACACUAACAAUGAAUGUUUUGCUUUUAACUUUUCUCAAAAACCGAUACUCUUAUAUAAAUAUUUCGAUUUUAUUUAAUGCAAGUAUUUCUUUAUGUGAGAUUUUGCAGGUGACUUUAGGAUAUGUUCCUGAUCUACUUGCUCAGUUGGGCGUCAUAAAAGUAACUACUUCUGAAAGUGGAUCGUGGGUUUGUAUAGGAUCAUCAAUGUUAACGUUUAUUCUUGCUGUCGUUAUUUUAAUGCAUUUUCUUGUGCUUUCAGUUUCAAGAAUUUUGGCUUUAAAGUAUCCAGUUUUUUACAUAAGUACCUUUUCAAAAAGGUGGUUGGCAAUUCUUUUAUUGAUUUUAUGUUACAUAUACGGAGUUAGUUGGCCAGUUUUACCACUUUUUAAAUGGUCAAAGUAUGCUAAAGAUAUUGACGGAAAACGCUGCUCUUUAGACUGGCGUUUAGAACAAAAAGAUAGUUUCUCUUAUAUUAUUUGCGUUAUUUUGUUUGCUUUCAUUUUACCGUUAGUUACAAUAUUUGUUCUACUUUUUUGUAAAAAAUAUGCUAUUAUUGUCAAUCAAAACUCUCCUAGUCGGAAAAGACAUUCUUCAAUUGAGUAUCAGAAAAAAAUUAAAGGGUUGGAAAAAAAAUACUUUAAUAUGGCUGCAGCAUCCACAAUUUUGUAUACUAUAGCUUGGAGUCCGUACGCAGUUAUAGGUUUUUUAUCUAUUUUGAACAGAACUAUCCCUUCAUUGGUAUCAACAAGUGCAGCUUUGUUUGCAAAAUUAUCUGCAUCAAUAAACCCUAUUGUUAAUAUUUGGUUUAAUUGGGAGUUUCGAAAUUUUAUUUUCAGUUUAAAAUCAAUUCGAUUUUUGAAAAAAUUUUUUUGUAAAAAUACAGAAAGACAAGAAUCGUUGACAUCUUCAAGAAACCAGUGCACUAACGUGUAACUUUUACUUAAAAAUUGUUUUUCAUUAUAAAAUUUAUUAAUAUCUAUAAAAUUAGAUCA